ACCUUUUUGUUACGAGUCCUGACAGGGAAUAAUAAAAGGUACGAGGAUUGGUAAAGAAAAGGAUCCGGACAAGAUCAGGAUAGGAUGGGAUAGGAUUGGGAUAGGGAUAGGACAAUGAUGCAGGACAGGGCAGAAGGACAGGGCAAUUGGAUAUGGCAUGGCAGUGCAUCUCUCAACCACCACCACCACCGCCGCCAUCACCAAUUCACCCUCACCCUCGCCCUCACCACCCACCAUCUGAUAUCCAUCCCAUCCGUCAGCAUGCAAGCCUUCGGCGUCACCCCCCUCCAUCAACCCCAUCCAUUCAUCCAUCCCUACUCUCCCUCCCUACCUCCCCCCACCCCCAUUUCUCUUCCCUUCCUUUCCCUCCUCUUCUCUUCCUUAUCCUAUUCGGGGUUGCUGCGGGAUUGCUGCAAGGUAGAACAGGGCAGGAGAAGAAGCGAGAGAGGCAGUGCAUGGCGCUGUCCGUCCGGGGAACAUCAUGCUCCAGCUCUCUCUUUCUUUUUCCUUCUCCCAAGCUGGAAGAUGGAAGGGGGAAAGGAAACGCGAGGUGGAAGGUGUGGGUUGGGAGACGGGGGAGGCGAAUUGGGCUUCAAUCUCACUCUGUGCCCUCUCAAUUGCCCUCUCUAUAUAGAUUGUAAUUGACUUACCUGGGAGAUGGCUUUUAACAAAGCUUUGGUGGGUAGGUACAGGUAGGUUGGUGAUUUUACGGACGGAGCUUGAGAGCUUGCAGCAAAAGGACAAGGUAGAUCUCGCGACCGGAGGACCUCGGAUUGUUAUGUAAUACAGGGGACGAAGAGAUGGAAGAUGAUGAUAUAAUACAAUUGACCUUGAUGGUCAAU